AUGAAUUGGUUUGUUGCUUUGGGAUUCUCUCUUUCAUUAACCUUGUUCGGUUUACGCUCGGUUGUCGCUCUAAGCUUCGACAUAAAGAGUGGAGAUUUGAAGUGUAUCCACGAUGAAAUGGAUAAGGAUGAAAUUGUUGUCGGGACCUACGCGAUCACCGAUGGGCCCACCAGCAAAGUCUCCAUUGAGGUUAAAGACAGCAAGGGUCAUACGUUUUUCCAAAAGUCAGACGCCACCAGUGGGAAGUUCACCUUUUCCUCCGAAGUUGAGGAUUCGUUCGAUGUUUGCUUCCGUUGCCUCGGUGCAAGCGGUGUUGUUGAUACACGCGAGGUAUUCAUCGAUAUCAAACAGGGCGAUGAGGCCAAGAACAUUGAUGCCAUUGCACAGGCCAAAGAUCUCAAACCUGUUGAAAUUGAACUCAAGAAGAUUGAAUAUUUUACUGACUCUAUUGUUCGCGAUUUCGUCGCUAUGCACAAGAGGGCCGAUGCCAUGCGAGAUAUCAAUGCCUCCACACAUAGUCGAGUCUUGUACUUUUCAAUGUUCUCCAUUCUCUGUCUGAUCGCGCUCGCAGUUUGGCAGGUUCUCUACCUUCGAAGCUACUUCAAGUCAAAGAAACUCAUUGAGUAA